AUGCAACCUGGGCCGGUUAGUGGUGAGGUUCUAUAUGAUCAGCCUCAAUACCGUUCACAUAUUAUAUCCUUUACAGAGAGAGGCCCGAAUAUCGCUAUGGUUGAUCAUAGCCUCGGCUAUAGCCGUUGGCGGCUAGAGGAUGAGCGUAUCAUAGCAGUUGUAGGACAAGCUGGCUUUUUGACAUGUGCAAAGCUUCGACGGAUGAAGCUCGAUUGGCCACUCCUCACUGCUUUGAUAGAUAGAUGGAGAUCGGAGACCAAUAUUUUUCACUUUCGAAUGGGUGAGUCUACCAUUACUCUACAUGAUGUAGCUAUGAUACUCAGUCUCCGCAUAGAUGGCAUGUGCGUUACCGACAGUGAUAGAGCUUAUUGGCCUGACGUGUGUGAGAGGAUGUUAGGUGUAGCUACCGAGCCAAUGCUGUGA